AGUUAAUUAACUAGUUAACCAAGCGUUAGCUGGUUGUCACGUCCAAUUUCCAAUCGUUCUACAUGCCCAGCACCCCGUUUGUUUUCUAACAAGCCUCAGAUAGGCCUUGGUGGCUUUUGCCUUAACCCCUAAGUUCUGAUUGAAGGAUGCAACAUAUCACAGCCGCCUGUCUAGUUGAUGACUGACUAGGUGCCUGAUAGCGAAACUUCACCCAUCCAUUGCGGCCGGUGCGACUGUUUGGGCAUUGAGAGGCCUGCUGAGAAGACCACCAGAUGUAUGGGAAUAUCUUAACUAUCGAAUUCAAAAUGACCCCAGAUUCUCUGGGCUUGGGAUAAUCACUUUCGACAACUCAGUACUUUGGACUAUGCGGUUUGGUGUAUGGCAGUCAUAAUAGAUGAUAGCAUCUCCACCCCGCCACCGGAAAAAAAAAGACUAGAUAAUAUCCGGAACAGAAUCAACUCGUGAUGAAUUUGGCAUAUGUUCAAGCUACCACUACCUGGGUGGAGUUGCAAUAUUAGCAAGUUCCCCUGGGGCGCUUCUACGUGAGACAGGUAGAUCAUAACCAACAGAAGCAUAAAAACGUCCUGGAUUCUAGGGGACAAGAAAGCUUAUCCUACUUUAACUAGGCAACUUGCACUGCCUUAGAGCUGCAAAGCUGAUCUGCUGCUCCAGCAUUGCGGCCCAUUCAAACCCAAAUCCGCGGCAAGGAUGGCUUGAAGACAAACAAACAUACAUCUGCUGGGACAAGGAAGAACUUGAUAGCUCUUAUUUUCUUAUCACAUCCAAGCCACCUGCGCCUGAUCACCCAAACUGCCGGGUUGUCAUUCGAAAAUGAUAAUACUGAUAAUGCCCAUAGUGUCUACAAUGCCAAACAAAGACAGGUGAAUAUGCACAUGUGGAUACAAGGCCGCCGCAGAUGCAUAUAAUUUUAGUCCAGUUACGAGAUCAACUGCAACUGGCCUGAAUUUCUCCGCUGCUUAGGACUGUAACACUGUCCCUGCAUAUUUCAUACCUCAGGUUUGACCUGCAGGUAUGGUGUUACGGUCUGGAUAUUGCCUUGGUUCCACCCAUACCAGCCAUUUGACACAACAUCUUACAUGGCUGAAGGUCGCCGGAUCAGGAUAUUACUCUACGGAAUCCUACAUAUGGUAUGCCUCGGGUUUCGAUACCAUGACCGAUCACUCUCACUCCUGACAACAUAUCCGAUGAGUGCACCACCUACUAGUCACUGACCCAUCUGUCAUAUACUAGCUGGAAAGUGCUUUGAGGAUGCAUUAAUCAUAUGUGGAGAGUUGGGAAAACCACUGGUAUGGGUGCUAUCCUCGAAAACACCUGAAAUACCUACAUUAAAGUCUUCUAGAAGCCUAGGUCAUUGUAGUCGAAACUCGACCUACCUGUAUUAGUAUGCCAGCUAUCUGCAGGGCAGCGCAUACUGCUAGACCUGAGGAUCAUUGGUUAUACCACUUGAUAUGAAUGAUGCUGUGAAACUUGACCUCAUCCCGUCUCCGUCCUAUACCGGCCAAUUGGAAACGUUAGGGCUACGCUCAUCAAAUUGCGCCCCUUCCCAGAUAGUGACAUAUUCAUUGUACACCACAGCGCUUGGUAGCGUCUAUCCAGUAUGGAUGAUAUGGAUGCUCUUCAUAAGGCCACUAGAGUGGCAUCCUUGUCUUACAUCCCCACCCAAUCAAGAAAUUUCCCUAUAUGUUGGAGAGAUGAUAUCAAGUUGGAGGCGCAGGGAUAGAGACCAAUGCCAUGGCUUUUGAUCCAAAUAAUGCGACUUGUAGACUCUCUUAGCGUUUAGGCUGCUACCACUUAAGCGUUAAACCUGAUACUGGCCCCGACCGAAAUCUUUGAAUAAGCCCUUGCAGUUGGGAUCGCAAUUGGGAAAUACAACGAAGGUUUUCUCAAUUCCCGGUAUUUUCAGAACCUUGAAUAGAGCCAUUCUUCCAUCGAGUACGAAGUAUAUCCCGAAUAGUGGAAUUCGAAGUGUUGCAUCGCUGCCUUGCCCUACCUGUACUCCAUAUAUGGUUUAAUUUCUGGCGCUGAAAAUAUAGUAGUCCAUCCCGGCAAUAUCCAGCAUCUCAAACAAAUAUUAAAGAUUUAAUACCGCAAAUGGCUGGCUCAGGUUUGAUUUUCUACUGGUCAGUUUGACGAUAACUCUUCCGCCGCCACCAUCAGAUUGCGAGAAAAAUACAAACGAUCUGCGAAUGGGACUGGAAGCCAUUAACUGCCUUGGGGGCGAACGUAUUUGUCUUCUACUGCCCCGUCCUCGUCUAUAUCGUACAGCCAACUGAUGCACAACGGGGAUACCGUGAUCAAGUUUCCCCGGGUCCAGGACCAUGGCUUGACUCUUGCAUGAUGAAUUUCUGUCUUACAUCGCACGGCAGACAAUCGAAGACAACAAUGAGGGGAUAUAAGUGGUUGACGGGUGAUGCCUUCUGACAGAACCUCAAGACCACGUCAACAUCUCCUGUCGGGCCACUUCUACUCUCCCGUACAAGACAGGGUAUGCAUGUACUGACGAUUAAGAUGCAUUCGAGCAGAUCUUUCCAACUCGCGGUAUUUUCUCGGUUUUCUUUAGGGCUGUUCUUGCAUUCUACUUAAAAUGAUAACAAAAAUCCCACCUUUCAACGUCCGCAAUUGUUGGAUCUAUCACUGUCUGACUGCAUACAAGGCACACAAAAGAAAAUUUAAGCAUUGACAUGGAUUGCGCUGAAGAAUCAACUAGUUAUCAAGGUUGUUGGAUAUCUCUUCUAUACCACGGCACCUAGAAGAGUCGUGUUAUUUUGAAUUUGGUAGGGUAUAGUAAAGUAUUGUUCCUGAGGCUAACUUGUGCGUCGUUAACUAAACUUAUAGGCAGCUGCAUGUCAUGAUGCGACAAGGCUACGUCGAUAGUAAAAGUUCCAUUGAUGUGGAAGCCCCCGGUUGCGGCGUAGGCUUCAUCUCCAGGGGCUUCAGGCAUUACCUCUUCCUAUUAAUAACUGGAUAAGUGUAUCAUGUCUGUGGUCAAUGUAUGAUGCUACUCCAUAAGAUCAUAGACCGAGCAUCGAUCCGGGACUCCAGCGCGCUCCACCGCUAAAAGCAGUACCGUUUAAGGGUAUAACUGAGGUGUGUAUCAGACCAAUCUUGCUUUUACAGGGUAUGCUGAUGUCUGUUCUGCAUGGCGUCAACUCUACCACCACCGCCCAAUCUAACUAGAUUUGCAUCACCGUCUUUUUUCACUACUCCAUUGCUGAUCGUGGGACUGAAAACUAAUUGACUGGCUAAAUACAAGGACAGCCAUUGCUGAUACUGUGUAGUUAAGAGAAGCUGAAAUCCCGUGCAGUAAAUGACCCCUUGCAGCACUCUGACCACUCAGUACACGCAGAAACUGGUGUCAGGCACUAGCAACCGCGACAUGUUCACAGACGCCGUUGAAUGUUGCAACAGAUGGACGUGAUCUCUGUCCGGUCAGAAUUGCUUGAAGCCUUGCUAAAUAGUCAGCUAACCAGACCUCUCGUCCGAGAACGUGAUGACUGAACGAUAGCUAGGGGUCUAGCUAGUUAGUUCCUCUGCAUAGCUAUCACGACAUAGAUCGAUACGCAGCUACUAUGUAUAGGCUGGAUGGAGGGAAACCGGCACGACCGCCGCAUUUGUCAACGAUCCACCGACGCAACGUGUGGAGAGAAAACAACCCCGUGUUAUCAUAUGCACAAGCAGAAGCAAAAAAAGGGAAAUCUCCUCAUGCAGAGGAAUCCGUUAACCCUUUACGGCUUAAAGGCAUUUUUCGGACCCUCUUCCGAGACGGCAGAAGAGCAUGGAAGCCAACACUAGAGUGGCCUCGGCUGGAGCUAGGAUCGAAAUGGCAAGCCGAUGGGAUGUUCGGCAAGGGGCUCAAGCCUGGGGCGCGGCCUCCCUCGCCCUCCAAGAACGAGCUAUAUACACAUGCGGCUAGUUGA